CCGCCGGCGGUCCGUUCGUGUCGCCGCGCGGGACCGGCUCGGCUCCGCUCGGCUCCGCUCGGCUCCGUUCGGCUCCGCUCCUUCCUCGCUGCCUUCCUCCCUCCGGCCCUUUACCCCGCCGACAGCGGUUUGGUUUUUUUGUUUUUUUUUUUGUUUUUUGUUUUUUUUUUUUUCCCUCCUCCUCACCCCCUCCCACCAUUCCUUCCUUCUUCCUGGAUUAGGCAGCGAUCAAUCCUUCUCUUCCCCGUUGUCUGUUCGAGGAGCAGGUGAUCCUCGUUAGGAUUUUUUUUGGAUGCGGCUCCCUCUCCCGCGUGUGAAGGAUGAUGAUACCAGGCAAGACUGAAUCAGCGUAACUUUUAGUUGACAAGAGGAAAAAAACUUUCUUCUCCGUUUGAAGGCGUUAAAAACACGUGCCGUUAAAAAGCAGAAGUUGGUUUUAAAGCUGAACUUCACUUUUCCCGGGAUUUGUGUGCCAGAUUCAAAGGCUGCGUCGUUUUGCUUUUUUUAUUAUUUUUUUUUUUUCCUUUUCUUCUCCCUUAUCUCCCGAAAGGAAACUGUUGCUAGUUGGAAUAGACUUCUUAAAUGUUUGGAAUUCAAGAUACUUUAGGAAGAGGACCAAUUCUGAAAGAUAAAUCUCUAGGUUCUGAGAUGGAUUCCGUCAGGUCCUGGGUCAGAAACGUUGGGGUUGUGGAUGCAAACGUAGCAGCACAAAGCGGAGUAGCUUUGUCCAGAGCCCACUUUGAAAAGCAGCCACCUUCCAACUUGAGGAAAUCCAAUUUCUUUCACUUUGUUCUGGCUCUCUACGACAGACAGGGGCAGCCGGUGGAAAUAGAGAGGACAGCUUUUGUGGACUUUGUAGAAAAUGAUAAAGAGCAAGGCAACGAGAAGACGAACAACGGCACGCACUACAAACUGCAGCUCCUGUACAGCAACGGUGUCAGGACAGAACAGGAUCUCUAUGUGAGGCUCAUCGAUUCUGUCACCAAGCAGCCUAUAACUUACGAAGGCCAGAACAAAAACCCCGAGAUGUGCAGAGUGCUGCUCACCCACGAAGUCAUGUGCAGUCGAUGCUGUGAGAAGAAAAGUUGUGGCAACAGAAAUGAGACUCCAUCUGACCCUGUGAUCAUUGACAGAUUCUUCCUAAAAUUUUUUCUCAAGUGCAAUCAGAAUUGCUUGAAAACAGCAGGAAACCCAAGAGAUAUGAGACGGUUCCAGGUGGUGCUAUCGACAACAGUGAACGUGGAUGGGCACGUGCUGGCAGUGUCUGACAACAUGUUUGUGCACAACAACUCCAAGCACGGGCGGAGAGCGAGGAGACUCGACCCCUCGGAAGCUGCCACACCCUGCAUCAAAGCCAUCAGCCCAAGCGAGGGGUGGACCACAGGAGGAGCCAUGGUGAUCAUCAUCGGGGACAACUUCUUCGAUGGGCUGCAGGUGGUGUUUGGGACCAUGCUGGUGUGGAGCGAGCUGAUCACACCUCACGCCAUCCGUGUGCAGACGCCUCCCCGGCACAUUCCCGGCGUGGUGGAGGUGACCUUGUCCUACAAAUCCAAACAGUUCUGCAAAGGAGCACCAGGCAGGUUCAUUUACACAGCUUUAAAUGAACCUACCAUAGAUUACGGCUUCCAAAGACUGCAGAAGGUCAUCCCAAGACAUCCCGGGGACCCUGAACGAUUAGCUAAGGAAAUGCUGCUGAAAAGAGCUGCUGAUCUGGUUGAGGCCCUGUACGGGACCCCCCACAACAACCAGGACCUGAUCCUGAAGCGCGCGGCCGACAUUGCCGAGGCUCUGUACAGCGUUCCCCGCAACCCCGCGCAGAUCCCGGCGCUGUCCAGCUCCCCUGCCCACAGCUCCAUGAUGGGAAUCAACUCCUACGGCAGCCAGCUGGGCGUCAGCAUCUCCGAGUCGGCACAGGGCAACAACCAGGGUUACAUCCGCAACACCAGCAGCAUCUCCCCCCGGGGGUACUCGUCCAGCUCCACCCCGCAGCAAUCCAACUACAGCACGUCCAGCAACAGCAUGAACGGCUACAGCAACGUGCCCAUGGGCAACCUGGGCGUACCCGGCUCGCCAGGCUUCAUCAACGGCUCCCCGACGGGAUCCCCGUACGGAUUGAUGUCUUCAAGUCCAACAGUUGGUUCCUCCAGCACUUCUUCCAUCCUCCCGUUCUCCUCCUCGGUGUUCCCUGCUGUCAAACAGAAGAGUGCCUUUGCUCCUGUCAUCAGACCCCAAGGGUCCCCCUCUCCUGCCUGCUCUAGUGGCAAUGGGAAUGGGUUCAGAGCCAUGACUGGUCUUGUCGUUCCCCCGAUGUAA